AUGGCCGCCACUCUAGGCUCAUCAUCUUGCCUCCUCGGCCCCGUCCCGUUCAAAGACGUCGGUCGCGGCGGCGACCACGUCAUCUCCCCGCCGGAGGAGUAUGCGGACAUCAUCACCGACAUGCCCACCAUCACCGUACGCGCAGGCCACUUGAUGCGGCAGUGGCAGGGCGCUUGGCUGCCCCACCAGAGGGUGCCGGGGGUGCUCUCCUUCCAGCGGCGCUUCACGCCGCGCCCCGACGACGUGCUCCUCGCAAGCCCGCCCAAGUGCGGCACCACGUGGCUCAAGGCCCUGUCCUUCGCGACAAUGGCACGGGCCGCCUACCCGCCCGGCAACGGCGACCACCCGCUCCUCCGCCUCAACCCGCACGACUGUGUCCCUCUGGUCGACAGCCUGUUCAGCGCCGGUCAGGAGACCAAGCUGGAUGCGCUGCCGUCGCCCAGGCUGAUGAACACGCACGUGCACCACUCCCUCCUGCCUCCCUCCGUCGCCCACGACCCCGGCUGCAAGAUCGUCUACGUCUGUAGGGAGCCCAAGGAUAUGCUGGUUUCCCUAUGGCACUUCUACGAAAGCUCCGAAACCAUGGACGGCAGCACGUACACGUUCUCCGAUUUGUUCGAGAAUGCAUGCGAGGGCAAGCACUCCAACGGCCCCAUCUGGGACCACAUCCUCGGCUACUGGCAGGCGAGCCAAGCCACCCCGGAGAGGGUCCUCUUCCUGCGGUACGAGGAGAUGCUGCACGACCCGGUCGGCAGCGUCAGGGAGCUGGCGCGGUUUCUGGGAGUGCCGUUCACGGUGACCGAGGAGGAGGCGGGGCUACCGGUGGACAUCGUGAAGCUGUGCAACAUCGAGACGCUGAGGGGCGUGAGUGCCAAUAAGAUGGGCGCGAACGGGAUCUUUGUCAAGUUUCCGCACACAUCCUUCUUUAGGAAAGGGGUGGUAGGGGACUGGGUGAACCAUAUGACGCCGGAGAUGGCACAACGCUUCGAUGCCAUUGUGGAGGAAAAGCUUCAUGGGUCAAGCUUGUCUUUCAAGUCUUAG